AUGUCUGGUCAAGCUGUACAGCCCCCCAUUCUCGACCACUUUGUCAUCCUCGUUUCCCAUAAAGAUCUCCUUGGACUGUCGAACCACAUUGGGGACCAGUUUAUUCUGGCGCCUGGCGGGAACCACGCCGGUGGAUUCACGACAAACAAGCUGAUUCUCCUCGCGGAUGGCUCUUACCUUGAGUUCAUUGCCUUCUUCGAUGAUGUCGACCCCGAUAUACGCCGCAACCACCGCUGGGGAAAUGAGAAGGAAGGCACAAUAAUUGACUGGGCUUUCACAUUGCCCUCGGAAAGCGACUUUGCUGCCGUCCAGCAGCGCCUCAAGACCGCCGAUACCGGGGUCUCUUAUACAGACCCUAUUCCCGGAGGUCGGACGAAGCCAGACGGCACGAUCUUGAAAUGGGCGAUCUGUAUACCUAACGAUGCCCAAGGAGACGCGGCUCCUCCGGGAUCUAUACCUUUUUGGUGUCUUGACAGAACGCCUCGGGCAAGGCGCGUUCCUUAUCAGGUGGAGCCGCAUCUUACUCAACAUCCCAGCGGUGUGCUAGGUGUUUCCUCGGUGUCCGUGCAGGUUCCUGGAGAGGCAUCGAAGCUAAAACCAGUGUAUGAUGCGAUCUUUGGUGGAGCCUGGAAUUACGAAGUCCCUUCCGGCUCGACGACCGGGAAGCAUGCAGUUUCUCUCUCUAGUGGAGAGGGCGCCAUUAAGCUGGUAUCCAAAGGAUCGAAAAGUGGACAAGUUGAGCUCCUGCCUGGGCUUUUUCUUGAGAUUGAGAGCUUUUGA